AUUGUAGACCCCACAUUAUUUCCCUCAAUUUGCAAUUUGUACAACACAACACAAUUAAAACUAACGCCAAUUUUUUAGUUCCAGUUUUUCCACAUCUCUCUCAACUUUCUCUCUCCACUCUUUCCAUUUGCUCUGCCACUCCCAUUCUUAUUCAAUCAGUAUUCGUUCUUUGAUCAGGCCAAAGAUGUCAGGUAAAAGCGAGAAAGUUGUUCUCCAAGAGCAGGGUGUUGUUGAUCGUGAGCAACAAGGGCAAGUUCAUGAACUUCCGGAGGAGGCUAGACAAACCGAGAAAAAUGAGGAAAAUCAGAUGCCUUCUACACAAGAGCAGGAGGUAAUAAUCAAGAAAAAGUACGGAGGAAUUCUGCCAAAGAAAAAGCCACUGAUCUCAAAGGACCAUGAACAUGCAUUUUUUGAUUCUGCUGAUUGGGCAUUAGGAAAGCAGGGAGGCCAUAAACCCAAAGGACCACUUGAGGCACUCCGCCCUAAGCUACAGCCAACUCCACAUCAGCAAGUCCGUUCCAGGCGCUCAGCGUACGCUCCUGCUGAUGGCGAAGAUAUUUCCCAUUUGUCAACUGAAGAUCACGACUGCAUAGCAGAUGAUGACAAGCAUGAAAAGGUUGUUCCUGAGGAUCAAACCUGCCACAACUAAGCUUUCAUCUGCUCUCAUUCGUGUACAAAAGAAAUACCGCUACUGUUGGAAAAAUGAGAUAUAGGGAAGCGAAUUCCUAAAGAUGCGGAUCAUAAGAAACAAUGUAUUCAUUCUGCUGAUCCACAUACAAAGCUUUAGCUGGAAGUUCUCAUAAAGGUGAUAUUGUGUGCUGUGUACACUUAAUUGAUCUACUAAAACAGUGUGUUGAUGCAAUACAUGUUUAAAAUUGACACUUAUGAAAAGGUUUUCUGCGGAUGUUCACUUAUCUAGUUAUCUAUAAGGAGUCCUGCUGAAGCUAAUAUUAGCAUUUGUUAGUUUA